CAUAGUGAUGAGGUCGUUUAACUACAGCUAGUAACAAAAAAUAGUAAAGAAGCUACUGUUUUCACAUUUAGGCUUGUACAAAACUCAGUUUGGACGCUUGGCUCUUCGUGUAUCUUUUUUUGACCACUCCAAAAACCGAAAUAAGGAGUGGGUUAAUAAGUGCGUUAAUUUCUUAUCAUAAAGCUAUAAACCUUAGCAUGUCUCGAUUUUACUGGAUUUGGGAAUUCACUGUGAAAUUAUGACAGUGAGUGAAGUGUCAGUCAAGACUGGAGGCUCCAUCUCUAUCCCAUGUCUCUAUGAGUCUCACUACAGAAACCAUGUGAAAUACUUGUGUGAAGGACAUUUUUUUAUAGUUUGCACAAUAGUAGCUCAAACAGACCAACCAAAAAGCAGUUCAGAAAAGUUUUCAAUCUACGAUGACACAGACCAAAACAUCUUCACUGUAUCAAUUAAUGAUGUAACGCAUAAGGACUCUCAUUACUGGUGGUGUGGUGUGGAGAUUGAAAAAAACAGAGAUGUCCGACAAUACUUUCAUCUGUCAGUCACCACAGGUAUGUCAAGUCUAUAUGUGGACCAGCAGAAAAUUACAGCAUUUGAAGGAGGAAGUGUGACUGUUGCAUGCCACCAUAAAUAUCCAAAAGUGACACAGUGGUGUAGACUGGGCAGGAACUGUGUGACAGAUCAGAGCAGAUCAAUAGAUGGAACACCAGUGACCAUCAAUACAAGUGUCCCAAAUGUUUUCAGUGUGACUAUGAGUGAACUGACGACAGAGAGCAGCGGCUGGUAUUGGUGCGUCAAAGGAAAAUUACAGAUGCCGGUUCUUGUAACUGUUCAUGAAUUAACCUCAACUACUACAACUACAAUGAUCCCCAGUACAGCAGACUUCACAGGGACAAUUUCAACCACUCACCAGCAUUCUUCCUUGCUCAUGAGUACUGAGCCACAAACGGCUCGUCCCACAAACACCACCAUAUCUGAGGGGCCGAGAGACAGAGAGACCCUGCAAGAUGAACACAAGAGGUCCACUAAAGUGACAAUUCUCAUCACUAUCUUGGCCUUACAGCUGUUGGUUGUUCCUGCUGCCUUUUUUGGAUGGAGAAUGAUAAAACGUAAAAAGACCAAACCUGAGGGGCCUGACAUCACUGUGUGCUCAGAAACUGGGAGUGAUCCUGAAGUGCUCUAUGCUACUGUUGUUCAUUAUCAACGUGUAGCACCCUGGAAGAAAAUAAAACUGCAGAACCCUAUGCCCGAGGAGAGCGUGAUAUACAGUUCCAUUGUAAUGAAAGAUAGUGUGCAACAAAUGGCUGAACCAGCUGAUGGAAGUGACAAUGAGCAAGAUAGGAUGAGAGAACAUUAAUUUUGCAAGUAAGACGACAUUGAUGAAGUCAAUGGAUUAAUCAGUUAGUCAGUCCUGCAUUGUGAUCUGGAGACUUUUGGUCACAGUAUUAUUCUGUGCAAAUCUGCACACAUACAGUGCAUCAAAUAUUUUUGAAAAGAUAAUAUGUAUAAUAUGUCAAACAUAACAUAAAUAUAUGUAAUAUAAUAUGUUUUGAUUUUCCCACUAGUACAUGCUUAAAAGUCAAAAUUUCAAAAUGGCAAGUGUGGAAGAAUGGUGUUAAGACUUUGUCUAAAUCUGUAAUGUGGGGAAUUUGUUGCUGUCCAUUUGAUGCAUUGAGAGCAACAGCUGAACCAUGAAUAGUUUGAAACAGAAGCCACUGAAACUGAUCAAAGAAAGGAAGUGGCUCUGUGACUGUGGUGGUUGAAGUCCUUCUAUUCUCAAUUAUUAUUCAGAAACAGCAGAUUCAAUGAAUGCAUGAAAGAUAUGAUAAUUAUGCUUCUUUUUACAAACAAUAUGACACGUGUUUUGAGGUUUACCUUUUAUUUCUGUACAAAUAAAAUCUUUUUACAUCUUCA